AUGGCAUCCCGCUCCCGCGGCUCCCCUUCCUCCUCCUCCCCGUCGUCGAAGGCUAACCCUUGGCCCGCCCCCUCCGCCCCGCCACUGUACCCGACGCUCUCCAUGGCCGAUCUCGCGCCCGUCGAGAUAGGGUCCGCCGCCUCGUCGCCGACGGCGUCGGGAUCGCCCUCGGAGCACGACAACGCGCCGCCGCCGUCGAAGGACGUCCUCCUCCGUGUCCCCGGCGCGCAGCUCCACCUCAUCGACCGCAGCCGCAGCCACCCGCUGGCCGCCGGCGACCUCUCCCUCCUCCGCAUCCGCUCCGGCGACACCUCCCUCGCCGCCAUCGCGCUGCUCGACCCGGUCCAGUGGCCGCUUGCGCGCGACGUGGCCGCCGUCAAGCUCGACCCCUGCCACUACGCCUUCUCCCUCACCGUGCCGGCAUCCGCCGACGACCCCAGCCCCGACCCGCUCCACUACGGGCUCACGCUGGCCCACCCCGACGCGCGCCUCGACGGCGUCCUCGCCGCCUACACCAGCUUCUCCGUCCACUCCGUGGUCGGCACCAAGGAGCUGGAGGGCAGGGUGCGCGACGAGGUCGAGGCCGCCGCGUACUGGACGGCCGUCGCGCCCAAUGUGGAGGCGUACGGCGGCGCCGUGGCGAGGACCAUCGCCACGGGCGCCGAGCACCUGGCUAAGGGGAUACUGUGGUGCGGGGAGGUGACCGUGGAGAGGCUCCGUUGGGGGAAUGAGGUCCUCAAGAAGAGGAUGCAGCCCGGCGACGCCAACGCCGAGGUCAGCCCUGAGAUGCUCAGGCGAAUCAAAAGGGCUAAGAGGGUGAGCCAAAUAUCUGAGAAAGUGGCAACUGGAAUUUUGUCUGGAGUUGUGAAGGUUACUGGUUAUUUCACAAGCUCGCUGGCGAACUCAAAAGCUGGCAAGAAGUUCUUCAACCUGUUGCCUGGAGAGAUUGUCCUUGCUUCACUUGAUGGAUUUGGAAAGAUUUGCGACGCCGUGGAGGUGGCUGGAAAGAAUGUUUUGUCCACAUCAUCAACUGUGACGACUGGGCUAGUAUCUCACAAGUAUGGAGACAAAGCUGCCGCCGCAACAAACGAAGGGCUGGACGCCGCCGGCCACGCCAUCGGGACGGCGUGGGCCGUGUUCAAGAUCCGGCAGGCCUUGAACCCCAAGAGCCUCCUAAAACCCACAACGCUGGCCACGUCCACCAUCAAGGCCAAUGUCGCUGAGCUUCGCGCAAAGCACGGCAGCAAGUAG